UUUACUCACGUGACCUUAAAGGCUUGCGAAAUGGCGGACGAUGAUGAGCAUGAUAUUUUUGGUUCAAAUAUUAAUAAAACGACUCCCAAAAAUGAACUCGAUGAUAAUUUAGUAAAUGAAAAUCAAAGCUCACAAAUUUCUAUAAGCGAAGAAAGUAAGCCCAUACUAGAUGCAAAAACUCCUAUCAUAGACAGUUUUAGUCAAAAAAAUGACAAAAACAAAGACGAAGAGGAUCUUGAAAAAGAAGGCGGUGAUACCUUUGAUAUUAAAAUUAAAAUUUCUGAUCCAAUAAAAAUAGGUGAAGGGAUGAGUGCUUACAUGGCAUAUAAUGUUACAACUCAGACAUCUAUGUCAAUUUUUAAAAAUAAAGAGAUGUGUGUUAAACGAAGAUUUAGUGAUUUUCUUGGUUUACAUGAACGUUUAAAUGAAAAGCACCUUGUUCUUGGUCGUAUUGUGCCUCCUCCACCUGACAAGUCUGUUGUUGGUAUGGUUAUGGUAAAAAGCUCAAAAGAUGACCAAUCUUCAACUGAUUUCGUUGAAAGAAGACAACACGAACUAGAAAAGUACAUGAAUCGAUUAGCGAGGCAUUCUCAGCUUAUUGAAGAUCAAGAUUUUAAAGAGUUUUUAGAAGCUGAAGAGUUACCUAGAGCCAAAAAUACAUCAGCAUUAAGUAAAGGUGGUUUGUCAAGACUUGCCAAAGGUAUUGGUGAUGCAGUCUCAAAAAUAACCAUCAAGAUGGUAGAAUCUGAUAGUUGGUUUGAAGAAAAACAAAACCAAAUAGAUGUUUUAGACCAACAGCUUAUCAAGUUGCAUACUGCUGCAGAAGUACUGGUAAAUCUUAGAAAAGAAGUAUGUUUAAACACAUCUGCAUUUGCAAAAAGUUGUUCAUUACUCAGUAAUUGUGAAGAGCAUACAUCAUUGUCUCGCGCAUUAUCUCAACUUGCUGAACUAGAAGAGAAAAUAGAGCAUGUUCAGCAAGAACAGGUUCUAAAAGAUUUCUACACUUUAGCAGAGACAUUAAAAGAAUAUAUAUCACUGAUUGGAGCUGUAAAGGCAGCAUUUGCACAGCGAACAAAAGUUUGGUCAAAUUGGCAAAGUGCCCAAUCUACGUUAACAAAAAAACGAGAAGCUUUAGUAAAACUUGAAUUAGCAGGAAAAUCUGACAAGUUGGGCCCUGCUCAAGAUGAAGUCAAAGAAUGGGAAAAAAGAGUUGAGAAAGGAGAAGAUGACUUCAACGCAAUUUCAAAAACUAUCAAAGUUGAAAUGACUAGAUUCGAUAAAAUGCGUGUGAAAGAUUUUAAAGAUUUGAUUAUUACAUACUUGGAAUCUUUACUUAAUGUUCAACAACAGUUUGCACAACUGUGGGAAGGAUUUGCUCAGGAAGCCAAAGCCAUCUGUUAAAGUUUUUCAAUAUUCUAUAAAUUAUAAAUUAUGUAUUUUAAAUCAUGAAGAUAGCUACCAGAAUCUUGUUUCAGAAUGUUCAAAAGCAAUCUUCAUUGGACGGUCUUUCAAAACUGGCUGCUGAAAUAAUUUUCUAUGUUUCUAUUUUUUAUUACACUAAAUUAAACUUUUUUUUUAUAUACAUUUUUUUAAUGUGACUGUUUUAUAAUAUUGUUGUGAAAAUAUUUUUUUUUUGUUGUCUUAGUGAUAUACCAUUAUAUUAUCUUUCAAAUGUUUAGAAAAUAUUGAGUUAUUAAGAAA